GUUUGGUUGGGCCAAAGGUACAUUGCCAGCUUCUAUUCCCCCUUUUCACAAGACCUGAUCUUUUUCCUUGACCUACAAUACAUUCAUUACCUCCCUGCUUUGUCCGCUAUUUGCUAUUACUUUGCGACAGCUGCAACCCCCAAGACCAGCAUUAGAGUAUAGAAAAUGCCCUUGAAUCCUUUCUUAACAAUUGCUCUUCAAACGGCCGUGGUGGUGACCACUCUGGGAUUCACCCCGGCCCUGUCAAGCCUGAGGCCUGGCGCAUUGGUGUUUGUCGCGCUAUGCACUGGCCAUUGCAUCUCCACCUCCUUGGGAUACUUUGUACGGACACCAUGGGCCAGCCUCGCAGGCGGUUAUUCGGUCAUGUUACUGCUUCAUUAUGUCGACAUAGGGUUGUUGACACGGUGGGAAUUUGUCGAGCCCUCCCCGAUGAAGUCGCCUAAGACGCUAAACUCGACCUGGGUGGCCCGUGUACGGUUUGGUAUCUGGGCGGCCUUCAAUGCGCGAUGCAUUGGAACGCCUGAGCAAGUGCACCACAUUCCUGAAGCGGUCACCUGUGACCGAGCCGCAUUCCUCCGUCGAUCUGCGGGAAUUAUCCUCCUCAGUUAUCUGGGCCUCGAUGUGCUAGGCUCGAUGGGCGAUCCUGAGGUGGGAUCUCGCUUCCUCAUUGCUUCUCGUGUGCCGCUGUUUCGGAGGAUUUCCCAAAUCACUACGGAAGAGAUCGUCAUCCGAGUAUUUUCGGGCAUUGCGGCUGGCAUAGGCUUAUUGGCCAGUCAGGGUGGUUUCUAUUAUCUCUUCGCAUUCACCAGCGUUCUUGCGAGAUGGAGUAAGCCGCAGGACUGGCCUCCAUUCUACGGAGCCUUGUCGGAUGCGUAUAGCCUGCGGAGACUUUGGAGGUAAACCCCUUCACCUCUGUUCUUUUCUUUUUCGGUAUUGAACUAAUGCCGGCAUAGUCGCGUGUGGCACCAAUCAAAUUCCCACAAAUUCCGUGCGAUCUCUCGAUUUUUUGCACGCGAUGUCUUUCGCUUCCAGCCAGGGACGCUCGCCGACCGAUAUGCCAAGG